AUCAGCUACAGUAGCUAUUCAGAUUUUAUGUCUAAAAAAUGUCAUUGCCAAUGCCUAAUCGAGAUUUCUAUUUCUGCAAAACAAUAAUAUAGUUGACUGCAUAUACUUCAAGACUGAUUUCAUUCUCCUCACUAGGAUUGUUCCCGUCCAUUGUCAUGCGAAUCUCCUUGACCCGCAAGCUGACCUAUCACCUUCUUAGGACGUAUCUACCAUCAUUGUUGUUUGUUUGCUUGGGCUGGAUGUCAAUGUUCAUUCCAAUUGAACACAUUCCUGGUCGUGUAGUCAUGGGAAUGACUGCUCUUUUGACGGUGUCCUCCAUGUUCGGAGCCACAACCACUGUCACCCCUCCAGUAUCCUAUGCAACCAAGCUAGAUUUCUGGAUGGUCGGAUGCAUUUGCUUCGUUUUUGCCGUUCUCUUGGAGUUUAUUGUGGUGAUUACACUCAAAUACUCGAUCAUCGAUCGAGAUGAGGGACUCAAGGAGGCCAAAAUCCCCGCUCAAGUUCACCCGGUGAAUAAUUUGGGGCUGAAAGUUGGCCAAGAUGGUUGGGUUGCUAGUGUGUCCAAGAAAUCCGGCAAUACUAAUGAGGAUGCUCGAAAGAUUACGCGAAAAGUUGACAAAAUAUGCAUUCGUGUCUAUUUUGGGGUGAUGGUUAUCUUUAAUAUUAUCUACUGGUUGGACGUUUGGAUGACCAAUCAGAACCAUGGACAAACUCCUAAAUCUGAUGGUACUUACGACUGCUUUCGUCUAAAUUAA